AUGACGCUGCCACAGCCGAUGCAAACUCCUCUCUCCGGGUGUCUUUCGCGUUCCGAGUCGCGUUUCGGCGCCGCUUCAUGCAGGCUGACGGCCGCCUUUCUCGUUGCAGUUUUUCUCGGGAUUUUCGCCGGAUUUUCACCGACCCAUCCAGGCAGUGGAAAGGUCGCUUCUUUCUUUCCCCAGACUCUCGGUGCCUCAGCCGCGUACUUUUACGUCCAAGAAUCUCAAGACAAAUGCUUCGUGGAGAGUGUGCCUCUCGGAGUCGCCCUAACGGUCACCUACAACAACCCAGAGAACCCUGGAGUCACCUGCAGCAUCGUUUAUAAAGACCCAUCAGGCCGUUCCGUCUACAGCAAGGAAGUCCUGCCGACGGAGCCGCAGGGGAAAAUCUCGCACAUGACGGCAACAGCUGGCGAGUACAAAAUCUGCAUUUCCUGUGCCUCCUCCAAGUGGUUCAACACACAGCUUCUCAAGUGGUCCAUCUCGAUCGAACUCGGAGACACAGAAAUCAACCUCGACGAGUUGGCGAAGAAAGACGACGUUGAUUCUCUGCAACUUAAGCUACAAGCCAUAGCGAAGCGCCUGGAAGCGAUGCAGGCCGAAAACGAGUACGAGCGUGUGCAGGAGGAGCGUUUCCAAAGGACACAUGAAUCGAUCAACAGCCGAGUUGUUUGGUUCUCCGUUCUCCAGUUGCUGUUGCUAUGCGCCACAACCCUCGUCUCUGUCUUCUACCUCAUUCGCUACUUCCACUCUCAAAAGAUCAUCUAA